AUGUGGCUGGAAUUUGAAUCCACACUAUGUCUCGAAGAAUUCUACGAUGGCGAUAUUCCAGCAUAUGCAAUUCUUUCACACCGAUGGGGCAAGAAAGAGGUAACAUUUCAUGAUAUGCAAGUUGGUGAUUGUACGAAUGAAGAAGCACUCGCAAAAAUUCAAGGAUGUUGUAGGCAGGCCGGACUAGACGGUUGGAUGUAUGCUUGGAUUGAUACUUGUUGUAUUGAUAAAGCGAGCAGUGCAGAGCUCUCAGAAGCUAUCAACUCCAUGUUUCAAUGGUAUCAGAAAGCAGAAAUUUGCUAUGCUUAUUUGAGCGAUAUUGAAAAGCAUCCUCAUCCUUCAAAACCGGAGUCACCACUUGCAACACCUUUCACAGAUUGUUCUUGUGGUUAUGUUAGGCAUCUCGCACACGAAUCUUCCGCCUACCUAUCAGACACCAAGCUUGCCCCUCUACAAUGUUGCUAUGAGGGGAAUACCAAUUCAGAUAACCCAUACGUAUUGGCAGUAUACCUCAUUCACAAUAGUGGUAACGAAUUCUCGAGAAUCGAUCCCGAGUCCAUCGAGAUAAUUGACAUUCGUCGACUCGAUAGAAGUCCACUCUCGCACGUGAAAACUGAAACAAGUCCGUGCCUGGACAAAUUUGAAUAUAUGGAAAAUAUGUUCGUCAGGCAGAAUCAACCUAUCAAUAGGGUCCUUGAACCUUAUGAUUUUUGUACAGAGACCAAGGCAUUGGCAGAGUUAGGUUUUACUACGAUGACCGAAUGGCUAUCUACUACUCGACAGACGAAAACAACAAAAUCUGAGCAUGAAAUACGAAUGCAAACCAGUCAAUUACAGCCAAAUGGUAUGACGGCCAUAAUAACCUUCACUCAGGGUACUAGUAUGGAAAGAGGCUACUUGGGAAUCCACGCGUUUGUAUUCAAUAUUACGAUUACUUCACGCGGAUCUCUCGUUAGUUUGAUGGAAGUACCAGUGCAUCAAAAGCAGAGAUUACUUGAGUAUGAACAAGAGAGUUUCAGUGAUAGGAGAGCACCACAUGCAAAAUCUCUACUCAGACGACUUUAUGCUGGGAAUUUGGUUGCCCCAAUACUUACCAAGGUCGAAGACUGA